GUCAGCAUCCUCUGUGGAACGAUCAAAAAAGUUGGCGGGGUUGUGGGGAAGGAGAAGGGUGGCUACUCUCUGUCUUUCGCUUUUACCACCAGCAGCAGCAUUACCAUUACCAUCGCCAUCUACAUUUCUCCAUUGCUUUUCAAUUCUUCCUCUGAACACUUUUUCCUUUUCUUUCUUUAAUUAAAAAAGAAAUUCUCUUUCACAUUCCCCUGCAAAUUCCACCCUAUUAUAUAAAACUUCUGAUCUCAUUAUAACCCCCCCUUCUUAUUCUUCUUACUUUCUCUCUCUUCUUCUUAUUCUGCCUGUCAUAGCAUUUCAAGUACCCCCCCUCUGUUAUUUUCUGUCAGAACUCCAAAUUCCAUGAUCAGAAUUUAGUGUUGUACAAUCAUGGGAACUCCUGUAAACAUCAUCGUCGGUUCGCACAUAUGGGUAGAAGAUCCACAGGUGGCCUGGAUCGAUGGAGAAGUAACAGAAAUCAAGGGAAAAGAUGCCAGCAUAAUCACUACCAAUGGGAAAAAGAUUGUCGCAAAUCUGUCCAGCAUUUAUCCGAAAGACACAGAAGCACCACCAGCUGGGGUUGAUGACAUGACUAAGUUGGCUUACCUUCAUGAACCAGGAGUUCUUCAAAACCUUGCUUCUAGGUUUGCUCUAAAUGAGAUAUAUACUUAUACGGGCAACAUUCUAAUAGCAGUGAACCCUUUUCAAAGGUUACCACAUUUAUACGACACACACAUGAUGCAACAGUACAAAGGAGCUACCUUUGGUGAACUUAGUCCCCAUCUUUUUGCUGUCGCUGAUGCUUGUUACAGGUCAAUAAUCAAUGAACACGGAAACCAAUCCAUACUGGUUAGUGGUGAGAGUGGAGCUGGUAAAACAGAGACGACAAAAAUGCUCAUGAGGUACCUAGCUUUUAUGGGAGGGAGAUCUGGUACUGAAGGAAGAACAGUUGAACAGCAAGUUUUGGAGUCCAACCCUGUCUUAGAAGCAUUUGGAAACGCAAAAACUGUGAAGAACAAUAACUCAAGUCGUUUCGGUAAAUUUGUUGAAAUCCAAUUUGAUAAGCAUUGGAAGAUCUCUGGAGCCGCUGUUCGAACAUAUCUUCUCGAGAGAUCGCGUGUUUGUCAGGUGUCAGAUCCAGAGAGAAACUAUCAUUGUUUUUACAUGCUUUGUGCUGCACCACCAGAGGAUGUCAAAAAGUACAAGUUGGAGAAUCCCAGAAACUUCCAUUAUCUUAACCAAACAAGCUGUUAUGAAGUUGCAAAUGUUGAUGAUGCGAGAGAGUACUUAGAAACUAGAAAUGCUAUGGAUGUAGUCGGGAUAAGUCAGGAAGAGCAGGAUGCGAUAUUCAGUGUAGUUGCUGCCAUACUUCAUCUCGGGAAUAUUGACUUUGUUAAAGGAAAAGAAAUCGAUUCUUCAAAAUUGAAAAAUGACAAGUCACUCUACCAUCUUCAAACAGUUGCAGAGCUUCUCAAGUGUGAUGCAAAGCAACUUGAAGACUCUCUUACUAAGCGUGUCAUAGUUACCCCAGAUGGUGACAUUAUCAAACUUCUUGAUCCAGAUUCAGCGGCAUCAAACCGUGAUGCAUUAGCAAAGACGGUUUAUUCUAGACUAUUUGAUUGGAUUGUCGACAAAAUAAACCGGUCAAUUGGUCAAGAUCCUAACGCUGCAAGUUUAAUUGGAGUACUAGAUAUCUAUGGGUUUGAGAGCUUCAAGGUCAACAGUUUUGAGCAGUUAUGUAUCAACUUGACAAAUGAGAAACUGCAACAGCAUUUCAAUCAACAUGUAUUUAAGAUGGAGCAAGAGGAGUACGAGAAGGAAGAAAUCAACUGGAGUUAUGUAGAGUUUGUGGAUAACCAGGAUGUGUUGGAUCUAAUUGAAAAGAAACCAGGAGGCAUCAUUGCCCUACUUGAUGAAGCAUGUAUGUUUCCCAAGUCAACUCAUGAGACUUUUGCUCAAAAAUUGUACCAGACAUACAAAAAUAACAAGCGCUUCAGCAAACCAAAGACUUCACGAACAAAUUUCACCAUCAACCACUACGCUGGUGAUGUUACCUACCAAGCUGAUUAUUUCCUAGACAAAAACAAGGACUAUGUCGUAGCAGAACAUCAAGCUUUACUGGAUGCUUCAAGCUGCCCUUUCGUUGCAAAUCUCUUUCCUAAACUGGCCGAGGACAGCUCAAAACAAUCCAAAUUCUCUUCCAUUGGUACACGUUUCAAGCAACAACUUCAAUCUUUAAUGGAGACAUUGAGCACAACAGAACCACAUUACAUUAGAUGUGUGAAGCCCAAUGGUGUUCUGAAGCCUGGAAUCUUUGAAAAUUUCAACGUCUUGAACCAGUUGAGAUGUGGAGGAGUGCUAGAGGCUAUUAGGAUCAGCUGUGCUGGGUAUCCCACCAAGAGAACAUUCGAUGAGUUCCUUGAUCGUUUUGGCACACUAGCACCGGAUCUUUUGGAAAGAUCUGAUGAGAAAGAAGCCUGUGCAGCUUUAUGUGACAGAAUGGGUCUGAAGGGUUAUCAGAUAGGUAAAACAAAGGUGUUUCUACGAGCAGGACAAAUGGCUGAACUAGAUGCGCGGAGGGCUGAAGUCGUGGCCAAUGCUGCAAGACUGAUCCAAAGACAAAUCCGAACAUAUCUUGCACGCGAAGAAUUUAUUAAAAUCCGAAGGGCCACAAUGCGUUUCCAGAAAUUAUGGAGAGGAAUGGUUGCACGCAAGUUAUAUGAAGAAAUGAGGAGGGAAGCUGCUUCAAUAUGUCUUCAGAAGUAUGCACGUGCUCAUAGAGCCAGAAAAGCAUAUAAACAAUUACGAGCAUCAGCUGUAGCUAUUCAAACUGGAAUGCGUGCAAUGGCUGCCCGUAAUGAAUAUAGGCACAGAAGAAGAACCAAGGCUUCAAUCAUUGUUCAGACUCGAUGGCGCAGUCACAAAGCUCUUACUUCUUAUAAGCAACAGCAGGUGGCUACUCUUACCCUUCAAUGUCUAUGGAGAGGUAGGACAGGAAGGAAAGAGCUAAGAAAGCUCAGGAUGGCUGCUAGGGAUGCUGGGGCACUUAGAGAAGCUAAGGACAAGUUGGAGAAGCGUGUUGAAGAAUUAUCAUGGAGACUAGACCUUGAAAAGAAACUGAGGGUUGACCUUGAAGAAGCAAAAGGGCAUGAAAUUGCAAAGCUGCAAACGGCAUUACACGAAAUGCAAGGAAAAGUAGAUGAAGCUAAUGCUGCAAUCAUCAGUGAGAAAGAGGCUGCACGAAUUGCCAUUGAACAAGCACCACCAGUCAUUAAAGAGGUGCCUGUGGUGGAUAACACCGUCCUUGAGUUACUGACGAAUCGCAAUGAAAUACUGGAGGGUGAGCUUAGUGAGUUGAAGAUAAAGACUGAAGAUAUCGAGAGAAGAUACUAUGAAAUUCAAAAAGACACUGAAGUGAAGGAAAUAGAGGCAACAGAAUUGCAGUUAACACUAUCUCAGCUUCAAGAGACAAUUGAAAGAUUGGAAGUGAUUUUGUCCAACUUGGAAUCUGAGAACCAGGUUCUACGUCAGCAAGCACUAGAAGCAUCAAAGAGUAAUGACCUAUCAGAAGAACUAAAAAUCCUCGAGGAUAAGAUCGCUAAGUUGGAGUCAGAAAAUGAAAUGUUGCGGGACCAGGCACCAGUAGUUGUGCAACAAAUUGUUUCCACUGAAGUGGCUACAUAUCCACCAGUUACAAACCAGGCACCAGUUGUAGAGCAACAAAUAGUACCAGUUGUAGAGCAACAAAUAGUUUCUCCCAAAGUGGCUACAUAUACACCAGUUACAAAGAGUCUUGAAAAUGGACAUCAAACUGAGGAAGAAUUCAAGACACCGAAAGAAAAGGAGCAUGUACGAACUCCAUUAACCAAGCAGAAAUCUCUGACAGACAGGCAGCAGGAAAACCAUGAUGCACUUAUCAAGUGCCUGGUGGAAGAUAAGAGAUUUGAAAAAAACAGACCUGUUGCUGCAUGCAUUGUGUACAGAGCUCUUCUUCAAUGGAGAUCCUUUGAAGCAGAUAAAACACACAUAUUUGAUCGAAUUAUCCACAUAAUUAGGGAUUCUGUUGAGGAUCAGGAGAAUGUCAACGAGCUUGCAUAUUGGCUAUCAACGACAUCCGCCCUUUUGUUUCUAAUACAGAAUACAAUUAAGGCAAGCAAUUCACCAAUCAAUGCUGCACACCGUAGCCGAGCCUCUCCCACCACUUUGUUUGGAAGGAUGGCACAAGGUUUACGGACAUCUCCAAUAUCAAGUGGGUACAGCGGAAUGGUAGGGAAGCCAGAGAAAUCAAAAGUGGAAGCAAAAUACCCAGCCCUAUUAUUUAAGCAGCACUUGACAGCAUAUGUUGAGAAAAUAUAUGGAAUGAUCCGUGACAGUUUGAAGAAAGAAAUAAGUCCAUUCCUAAACCUUUGCAUACAGGCACCAAGAUCUACCAGGGCAAGAUCCAUAAGAGGGGCAUCCAAAAAUAUGCACUCAAAUAUAGUUGCAAAACAACAAGUGUCAAGCAUACACUGGCAGAGCAUAGUAAAGUGCAUGGAUCACACAUGGGAUAUAUUGCGUGAAAACAAUGUCCCAUCUGUUAUCAUAAGGAAAACCUUCACCCAGGUUUUUGCGUUCAUAAAUGUGCAGCUUCUCAACAGUUUAUUGCUUCGCCGCGAGUGCUGCUCAUUUAGCAACGGAGAAUAUGUUAAAGCCGGUUUGCAGGAAUUGGAAGAAUGGUGUUCCAAAGCAACAGACCAGUUUACUGGAUCAGCUUGGAAUGAGCUUCAACACAUAAGACAAGCAGUUGGAUUUCUGGUUUCACAUCAAAAGCCUACCAAAACCUUGGAAGAGAUCACAACUGAACUCUGUCCGGCGUUGAGCAUUCCACAAAUUUACCGUAUUGGGACAAUGUUUUGGGAUGACAAAUAUGGAACCCAAGGGUUAUCACAAGAUAUAAUAGCAAAGAUGAGGGUAUUGAUGACUGAAGAUUCAAUCAACAUACCAAACAAUAACAAUUCAUUCUUACUCGAUGUUGAUUCCAGCAUACCUUUCUCUCUAGAAGAGCUUUCCGGAUCCUUCCUGGAAAUGAACCCAUCUGACAUCAUCGUAGAACCACCACCUCUCCUCCGCCAAAACUCUGAGUUCCAUUUCCUGUUGCAAAGAACCGACUAAAGGUUUUGAUUUUGAUUCUUAUAGAAAAAGAGAGUAGAACAAUCAAUACUGUAAUUUAUCAUUCUUUUUUUUUUACCUAUUUAUAAGCUUGAGCUUUCAAAAUGUAAAUUAUUAUUUAUUAUUUUUGGGGUUUCUGGGUUUCCUCUUGUUUACCUUACAGAUGAAUUUGUAUAUUUGAGAAUUGGGUUUUUCCGAGUGAAUUUUUCUUGUGAAUUUAAGAUUUGUAAGACGAGAGACAGACACAGAGAGAGGAUUGUUGUUGAUGAA